AUUGUGCAAAAAUGGCAAAUAAUAUCAUCUUGAUGUGCUUGAUUUUCACCUUAUUUUGUUCUGGUUUGGCAGUUGAAGUUGGCCCUUUGCAAGACUUUUGCGUUGCAGAUAGUACUAGCAUGGUUAUGCCAAGUGGUCUGAUGUGCAAGAAUCCUUUGCAAGUAGAAGCCAAUGAUUUUUACUAUGGUGGUUUAAAUAUACCAAGCAAUAAAACAACUCCAAUUGGUAUCAAUAUGACUCUCGUCAAUGUAGAUCAACUACCAGGACUCAACACUCUUGGAAUUUCAAUGGCUCGAAUCGACUAUGCACUCGAUGGAAUUAACCCUCCACAUAUUCACCCUCGAGCCACUGAAAUGCUUGUACUCAUCGAAGGUUCAUUACACGUUGGAUUUGUCACCUCUAACCCUCAGAAUCGAUUAAUUUCAAGAGUCAUACGUACCGGGGACGUGUUUGUUUUCCCUGCAGGUCUCAUUCACUUUCAGAGAAAUGUUGGAAAUAGACUUGCCAUUGCACUUCUCUCAUUGAGUAGCCAGAAUCCAGGUUUAAUAAACAUUAGAGAUGCAGAGGAGACCCUUCCAGAGUCGGUGAAGUUUAAAUAG